CAAGAAAGAAGCUUCUCUUUCCUCUCUUUUCAUGAAGUGGCCAAGCUUUGCUAACCCCUUUGAGGGAGUGCUGGAGCAGUUUUGGCUCGGGUGUCGUUCAAAUCCUACGGAAGCAGGCAUGCGGCAGGAGAGAUCUCUUCAGCCCCAAACCUCCAUUCUUCUCAAAGAGAUAGAGAGAUCUCAUAAUUUCGAAUCGGCUCCGGUUGAACGUCCCUGUCUACGGUAGCAAACUGCAACAAAAGGAACAACUAUCAUGAAGCUUGCUACCAGCACAGCCGGUAUUGGUACCAACCAGGGCUUCUCAGUUUUGCAGCUGAUGCUCGACACGAUACGCUUCGGUAUCUGCCUUGUCUGUUUGCAAGCUUCUUUCAUCUAUCUCUUUGAUGUCAUCACUGCUUGCAGCGGUACCACUACUACUGCUACUGAGAACGAAACGUGCAAGGCUUACAUUGUGGAUAUUGUCAAGAUCUUUGUUGGAACAGCGCUGUUGUUGAUUCUUGCCCAGGCGAACAACAAGAAGUCUGAUGCCACCGCCGACUGGGACGCCAGGGUCAAUGGACCAGCUCCCAAGACCCAUGCCGACUUGGAGGCCCUCGACGCCAAGAUUGAUGCACUCGAUGCGAAGGUAGAGACCUGCGCUGCCUUUGCCGUCGGCAUCAAGGACAUGUCUGACAUGAUUGACUUUGUCGCCCCCAAAAUGCUCUUGGGAAUCUGGCUCUUCUUUGUCCGGCCUUCUUGCAUCCAUCUGUUGGAGGUCGUCACGACUUGCACGACCGGUACUGACACGUCCGAGAACGGAGAGUGGUGCGAGCCUUCCAUUGCAGAUGCCGUCCAUAUUGUCCUUAUCGUCGUUGUCACAUUGAUCGUGCUGGUUUUCACCACGCACAAGGUCGACAUCUCUGAUGCUACAGAUCCCAAGGAUUCUGCUACCCACGUCAAGGCCGAUCUGGACGUCAUAAUGUUCGAGGAACUACUUGCUGCCAAGAGCAACUCCUUGUUUGCUACCAAAGCCGACUUGGACGCAACCAAUGCCAAGGUCGACGACGUCCAACUUCAAGUUCAUGCUAUCAUCAACAUUGAAUUGGAAGACUGCCAUCAUGCGAUCGACGAGUUUUUUACCCAGACUGACCUGGAAGCUUUGAAGACCAAGAGUCCCGCUGUCUCCCACGCCUCUGAGGAUCGUGCCGGUACUGGUAUUGACCAGAAUCGCGGCGCUCGUACUGGAAAUAGCAAGAAGACCGUGACUUUUUUCGAACCAGCCAACGAGAAUCCUCCCCCCUCUCAAUCCCCCGAGGUCUCUGCUUCCACCAAGAAGAAUCCUGCUAAGAAACCCCGCAUCAUGAAGCAGACUCCGGGCGUCCUGAUUCCUAGCCCGUGCCGCAUCAGCAACGAGGAAAAGAAAGACGACACCACGACGUAUGGUUUCGGUGGCGAUGAUGACUGCGACUUAUUCGGCUACAACUCCGGCGCUUCGGAAAUCUUUUCGGAAGAUUACGGCAAUUUUGAAGCAGGCUAUUUCGAUUGAACUAACGAGCGGACGAGGAAGAAUCGAAGGGAGAGGAGGAUGGCCAUCGACAUGGCAAGCAAAUCUAGAACUAAUAAAAGAGCAGUAACCGAGUAACACUACCGUAACCAAAAGAACAACCGAGGCAGUUGAUCGCACGGUAGGUACCAGAUGCCCCGUGCACA